AAGAACUAAGGGCAUCGGGAUGCGGGCUGUUGGGUUGGGUAAGGGUGUAACCCAACAGCCCUUACCCGCUAAGUUAACGGCAACCGCCCGCACGCCCGCCGCCAUCAUUAGGCUGUAGAAAAAGAAAGAAAAGACAGAAUAAGAGUUUGGGCUUUGAGCAACAUAUCAAACCUGUGCACCAACUCCCUCUCUCAUUAAGCCUGCUUUGAUAUUUAUUUAAGUUAAUAAAUAUCAGAAAAACUCUAACAAAUUUAUUAUACAGAAAUCUUUGCUAGCCCUUAAGGAGAUGUCGCAGAAAUUCUCUGCCACACUUAGAAUUGGGGAUUUGAAUGAUUACAUAGCUCCUUCCCAAGGCUGUGUCGUUUCCCUCAAUGCUAAUUCUUCUAAAUCCCUUAAGAAUGUGGGAAAAGCUGGAGCUUUGAGCAAACCAGUACAAAAAGAAGAACCUGUCAAAAUUUCCCUCAAAGAUUGCUUGGCAUGCAGUGGGUGCAUUACGUCAGCAGAAACAGUCAUGCUUGAGAAGCAGAGUUUAGAUGAGUUCCUUUCCAAUUUGGAAAAGGGAAGGACAGUUAUUGUCUCUAUCUCUCCCCAGUCCAGGGCCUCUCUCGCUGUUCAUUAUGGACUUUCUUCACUUCAGGUCUUCAGGAAGCUCACAACACUAUUUAAGUCUCUGGGUGUGAAAGCUAUAUUUGAUACCAGCUGCAGUAGAGACUUGACCCUAAUAGAAUCUUGUAACGAGUUUAUGGUGAGAUAUAAACAAUCCCAAGGUACAAGUAGUGGGGAGUCGAAGCCACCUUUGCCUAUGAUUUCUUCCGCAUGUCCAGGUUGGAUAUGCUAUGCUGAAAAGACCCUUGGUUCUUACAUUCUUCCAUACAUUUCUUCAGUCAAGAGCCCCCAACAAACUAUUGGAACAGUUGUCAAGAAUUAUACAUGCCAAAUGCUAAGUGUAAGACCAGAGGAUGUAUACCAUGUGACUGUAAUGCCAUGUUAUGACAAGAAGCUCGAGGCUGCUCGUGAGGACUUUGUGUUUCAAGUAGACACAGAUAGUGAAAAUAUUACGGAGGUUGAUUCAGUUCUAACAACAGGAGAGGUUUUGGAUUUGAUACAGUUAAAAGCAGUUGAUUUUAAAUCCAUGGAAGAGUCACCCCUAGAUAAACUGUUUGCAAAUAUCGAUGAGGAAGGCCAUCUUUAUGGGGUUCACGGAAGCUCUGGAGGAUAUGCAGAGACCAUUUACCGUCAUGUUGCUAAAGUGCUUUUAGAUCAGGAAGUUAAAGGCCCUAUAGCAUUCAAGACCAUAAGGAACUCUGAUUUCCAAGAAGUGAGCCUAGAAGUGAAUGAUAAAUCUGUCCUGAAAUUUGCAUUAUGUUACGGUUUCCGCAACCUGCAGAAUGUUGUUAGGAAAUUGAAAAUGGGUAAGUGUGACUACCAUUUCUUGGAGAUCAUGGCAUGCCCUUCAGGAUGCUUAAAUGGUGGCGGACAAAUAAAGCCACAACCUGGGCAGUCUGGUAAAGAGUUGAUUCAGCUGUUGGAGAUGGCUUAUGUAGAAAAUGUUGUCGUUGCUGAUCCUUUCAACAAUCCUAUCAUAAAAGGCCUAUAUUCUGAGUGGCUUGAGCAACCUGGUUCAGAGAAAGCAAAGAAGUACUUGCAUACUGAAUAUCAUCCUGUAGUGAAAAGUAUCACUUCACAGUUGCAGAACUGGUGAAAAAUGCAAAAUAUCAGCUUUUAACCGGUUGGCUAGGUUCCUAGUGUUCCCUUCUGGUGUUUUUCUGCAAGACCAUCCAAAGAGGGUUUUGAUAUUACACUGCAUUGAUCCAAAGUGCUCGCGAUAUAUGGUCAUGAGGCCAUGCACCACAAUUUUGAGAGUCCAAUUUUGGCAGGGGACGUGUUUCACACUUUCACCCCAUACUGUAAAUAUAUUGUGUUUGUACUUGUGUUGCAAAUUACACAAUAGUUUAGGUCGCAAUGCUAACAUUAUUCCCCAUCUGGAUUGGGAAUAGUUGUAUUGUACGUGUCUUAUCCUACAACCCUCAAUCGUAUUUAUUUGGUCACGCUUUAUUUGUACCGUUAGAAAAGGCGGCAACUUUUUUUAUGCCGAUGGUAAAUAAUAUCACCAGUCUUAGUGUAAUCGUAUUUGUUUUCAUAGGCUGCCUUUCUUAGUUCUGCUUUCCAUUAUGGCGCAACAAGCACAUACAUGUUAAAGAGUCUUGUUGGCCUUUUGUAAUAAUUUUCUUUGAGAAGGUAUAUAGCCUUUUGGUAAUAUUAAGCUAGACAAUAAACUUUUCAUUU